UGUCAGUUGUUGCCGUUCUGUUUUUGGGCUCGCUAUGUGUAGUGGGUUCGCGGCGGCUGGCUGGAUGAAAAGGCUUGGUCCGGGGAGCCGGAGAGAGAAGAAGAAAACUCGAGCUUCAACCCGGGCAGCGAGAUGGACGUUCUGAAAUCGGAGAUCCUCCGGAAGCGGCAGCUGGUGGAGGACAGGAACCUGUUGGUGGAAAAUAAAAAAUAUUUCAAGCGUAGUGAACUUGCAAAAAAAGAAGAGGAAGCAUAUUUUGAAAGAUGUGGCUACAAGAUACAGCCAAAAGAGGAGGACCAGAAACCAUUAACUUCAUCGAAUCCAGUAUUAGAACUUGAACUGGCAGAAGAAAAAUUACCCAUGACUCUUUCUAGGCAAGAGGUUAUCAGGAGAUUAAGAGAAAGAGGAGAACCAAUCAGACUCUUUGGAGAAACUGAUUAUGAUGCUUUUCAACGUUUAAGAAAAAUAGAGAUCCUCACACCGGAAGUUAACAAGGGAUUGAGGAAUGAUCUGAAAGCAGCUUUGGAUAAGAUUGAUCAGCAGUACCUGAAUGAACUUGUGGGUGGCCAAGAACCUGGAGAGGAAGACACCCAGAAUGACUUGAAAGUUCAUGAAGAAAACACCACAAUUGAAGAGUUAGAGGCACUGGGAGAGUCUUUAGGAAAAGGUGAUGAUCAUAAAGACAUGGACAUCAUUACCAAAUUCCUUAAGUUUCUUCUUGGCGUUUGGGCUAAGGAGCUGAAUGCCAGAGAGGAUUAUGUGAAGCGCAGUGUACAGGGUAAACUGAACAGUGCUACUCAGAAACAGACCGAGUCCUAUCUCAGACCCCUUUUCAGAAAGCUACGGAAAAGGAAUCUACCUGCCGAUAUUAAAGAAUCCAUAACAGAUAUCAUUAAAUUCAUGUUGCAGAGGGAAUAUGUGAAGGCGAAUGAUGCUUAUCUUCAGAUGGCCAUUGGGAAUGCCCCUUGGCCCAUCGGUGUCACUAUGGUUGGCAUCCACGCCAGAACUGGUAGAGAGAAGAUUUUUUCCAAGCACGUUGCACAUGUUUUAAAUGAUGAGACGCAGAGGAAAUAUAUUCAGGGAUUGAAGAGGUUAAUGACCAUUUGCCAGAAGCACUUUCCUACAGAUCCCUCGAAAUGUGUGGAGUACAAUGCACUAUGAGAUCUGUGUGUGGCCCGUGAAUAUCACAAGAAACUUAAGGAAGCCUGGCGUGGACUUGAGGAAUUGCCAACAGGCACGAGGGAAGAAGAAAAAGGAAUUUCUGGUCUCUGAGUUCUGCCUAAUGCAACUCUUGGUUUUAAGAACUGUGUUGGCUCUCAUGUCACAUCUGACCGCCCAGUGAUUUUUGUGUCUUGCUUUUAUUUUAAAUAGUCGAAAAAUUAAGUUCUAAAGACUUUUUCCCAUAAUUUAAAUGUGUAGACAACAGUCACAGGACAGGGUUUAAAAUAAUUUUUCCCCUCUAGACCUGCAAGUUGCAGUUAGAGGACUAAAAAGGAACAUUUGAGGAUGGACUUAAUUAUUUCUGUAAAAUAUGGUAAUUUUCACAUUGCCUCUUAUGAAGUGUUUAUAGAAAAAUAUUUUUAUAUUUUUCAACAAAAACAUGGAACCAUUUAAUGAAACUUGAUAGUCCUUAAAUGUUGCUGAACUUUUGCCAUCUUGCAAUAGAUUUGAAUGUAAAUGUUACUCCUGUUACGUGUUAUUUUUCUUGCAUUUCAGAGCUUGCUUUUUAUCUUUUAAAGUGUGUAAAUUUUAGUAUUGGUCAUCUCUGGGGACAGAUACAACUAACAGGAAGUAGAAGUUCGGAACACAAAGAUGGUACAUUAAACCAACACGAGUUCAAAUUCAGUAACCCCAGCGCAUCACGGUUCAAGGUAGGGAAAUGGAUUGUCAAGCCACGAACGGGGAUGUCGCGCUGCCGCUGGUUCUUCCUAGAACAGGACUGCCGUGAGCGUCAUCCCCCCGAGACGGGUGGUGGCCGGCUGUCCCACCUCCGCCCCGCCCCGUAGAAGAGGAGGCUAUGCCAGGGCUCUUGGCCGCUGCCCGAGACAGUAGGUCCUGCGUCUGAUUUUGCACAAACGAGGAUUUCUUUUGAAUCUUGCAGUGUCACCUCCAGGUAAUUGUGACGAGUCACUGCGCUUUAGAGGUUGAGAGGACUCAAUGGAUAGAGGCGGAGGGGGGCGGAAUAGAAAGCUGCCUGAGCGGGUGGAUUGGCACUUCCGGCUAGAGGUAGGAGUGGGGCUCCGAAGUCAGAGCUAACUCCCCUCCUACUGCAGCUCCCCAGCCAUGCACGCAAGGAUGUGAGUAUGUGUGUAUGACCUUGAGCAAGUCACUUCCUCUCUCUAAGCCUCAGCUUCCUUAUCUGCAAAUGGUGGUGAUACUUGUACAUACCUCAUGGCGCAUCACUGUUGUAUUUAAGUAAAAGAAAACGCUUAGCACGCU